AUGAACAGGACGACGGCAACAGCCACAGAGCAGUUUGAGUUCCCUGAAAUCUACAGCUUCCCGCCAUUCUUCACGCGGCAACCCGCAGAGGCGACAUGGCAGGAGCAGCGGCGGCUCUGGUGCAACCUGGUUCUGUCCUUUUACCGGCACACGCGCCAACACACAAUGACACUAUCUGAAGCAGUGCUUUCGCCACCAUUCCACAACUACCAGAUCAAGCGCAUACUGCGCGUCGAUGUAUUGCGGGAGAUCGUCGACGAGCUGGUGAAGCAGGGGAAUGCCGUGUGGGUUGGCCCGAAGCACACAAAGGACAUGUGCUUAGUGUUUUGGCGCAAGCCCGAGGAGUGGGCGGCUAUGAUCCACCAGUGGGUUACCGAUCGGGGGAUGAUCAAUACCGUGCUGACGGUGUAUGAACUGACGAAUGGCGAUGACACUGGUGACCAAGAGUUCAGCGGGCUUGAUACUGUUGUUUUGAGGCGGGCGUUAGAUAUCCUGCAAAGCCAGGGAAAGGCACAGCUGUUUGUUGGUUCCUCCGACGAUGACCUUGGCGUCAAGUUCUUUGCUUAG